AGUGUAUUCAAACUGAAUUGUGUAGCCUGACUUGACACAUGCAAUACUUCUGAACAAAAUAUCGCUUUGCGGUAGUAGCACAAGAGAGAUGAACAAUGUACGCUUGUGGCGCCGGACUUGGAGCGCUAGACAAGAUAGAUAAAGGUGAUUAUGGUACAUUUUUAAAGCAGCCAACUAAUAAAAACAAUUUAAUUACCUCAAUUAAAUGAUUACUUGUUUAAAACAAGUUGUUUUCCAUUGAAAAUUGAAAUUUAAAUAUCACGAACGGUGUCCGUAUGAAUAGUACUAGAAUACAAAUCUAAUACUACAGUCAACCAUGCUAUCCAAACAUCAUCAAAACAAAUUUCUGCUUUAUUUUGUGUUGGUGAACAAAAAAGCAGAUCAGGAAAACGGUACAUUUUUGUAAUGAAAUUUUUUUCGGCAAACAGUUGUGAUUGGGGAAGAGAGGAUACACAUUCAAAAACAUAAAAUGGAAUUUUUUGACUGUAAAUCUGAUGAUAAAAUCACGCAAAUAGUAGCACAAAUGAUGGAUGACAUUGAGAUACCGCAACAACCAUUAAUAUCACCAUCAGAAUCGUUAUUGGGCUUAAGUGGACAUAUGAGUAGUAUUGUGUCUCCUACCAAUUCAGGCGGAAAUGGAAACAAUGGCGAUCAGUCGAACAAAAAAUGCCAAUCAAUUGAUUCAGUUCCACGCACUAAACGAAAUAGAUGUGGAAGUGGGGGAAAUUCAUCAAAGGGAAGACGAGAUUCAACUGGUUAUUCAACAUCAUCAAUCGUUGAAGUCUACUCACCCUGUACUCGUCAAAUAUUAUCAGUCUUUAAAAAUACGACGAUGAGUGACCGAACCGCAAAACAGUUUCUGGAUUAUUUCGAUAACUACAAUCGAUAUAAACGCGAUGAACGUUUGGCAAAACGCGAUGAACGUUUGGCAAAACUUCAAUACGAAGUAAAAAUGGUAGAGCUCCUUGCGAAACAUGGGAACAAAAAAAGCGUGAAAAAUUUUAUGCAAAACCAUUACAAUCGCAAAUGAAUUUUAAAUGUUGUGGCAGAUUUGAUUCCAUUUACAAACUAUCGAUAAAAAAAAAAAUUCCAACUUUGAGUCGUCAAAUGACAAAAUAGAUGAAUGUUUGUUUCUUAUUGACUUUGUGUGCCAUUGAUUUUUGUGAGGACUGAACAUAGAUGACCGCAAAAAUUAUGCGACAAAACGAAAAUAAAAUUUAACAAAAUUAUGCAUACAUUUUGAAUAAAA